AUAUGCUCAAAACCUUAUGCAAAAAUUGCAAAAUUAUAAUCAAUGAAUGACAACUUAGCAACCAAAAACAUACCAUUUGGCCAUAUUAUAUCUACUCAUUUAAAAAACCCAUAAUUCUAAUUAUACAAAUACAAGAUCUUGCCUGCCAAUAACCAAACUUUCAUAAAAUACCACCACAUGAAAAAAUAAAAAAAAGUCUGCAUUCUUCUUUUGACAUUAAUCCCAAAAUUUAGCUAUUUUCUCUAUCCUAAAACUUUCAUAAUCCUCUGUUUUUUUGUUUUUCCAGACUCACUCUCUCUCCUCCAUUGUUACACCUCACAAAUCUCCAUUUUUUCUCCUCUCUUCUCUGUAAAUAAUAUUCCACGUGUUCAUCAAAUUACCCAUCUUUUAUUAUUAUUUUUAUUUAUUAUUGGGAGUAUUAUUUUACCAAAAUUUGUUGUUGAUUUUUGCAGAAGAAGAGGAGAGAGAAAUUUAGAGGGAGAAAAAUAAAUAAAAAAGGGGAAGUCUAAGUGAAUUCUCCUUUUCAGUCCACACUAAAUAAUAUCCCCUUUUUUCUUUCUUCUUUCCCAUGUGAUUCUGAUUGCUCCCAGCUUAUGAAAUCAUCAUUUUCUUAACCCCUUUUUAUAUUUUUGUCUAAUUUUUGAUCCACCAUAUUUAAUUUAUAAUUAUUGAUUAUACUUUAUUAUACUCAAUUACAUUCUGGGUUCUUCUCGACUUUUAAUUUUUCUGGGGUGGUUGUUGAAUUCUUCUUGAUUUGAUCAUUUUAUCCAAUUUUGCACCAAAUUUGAUAAAUUUUGAAGAGGGGUUUAAUUAUUCAAUUCUGGGUAUUUAUUUAGCUGGAUCGCAAUUGAUUGGAUCUGGAUUAGGGCUGGUUUUCAUUGGAAUUAAUCGUUUUGGAUCCGAUUUUGGGGAAAACAGCGCCAUCCCAUGGCGCUGUUUCGUCGAUUCUUCUAUAGGAAGCCACCUGAUCGGCUUCUCGAAAUUUCUGAGCGAGUUUUUGUGUUUGAUUGCUGCUUCUCCACGGAUGUGUUGAAUGAGGAUGAGUACACAGAAUACCUUGGUGGUAUUGUGACACAGCUACAGGACUACUACCCAGAUGCCUCAUUCAUGGUGUUUAACUUUAGAGAAGGGGAUCGAAGGAGUCAUAUUGCUGAUAUAUUGUCUGAUUAUGAUAUGACGGUUAUGGAAUAUCCUCGUCAAUAUGAGAAAUGUCCUUUGCUUCCCCUGGAAAUGGUUCACCACUUCCUGCGCUCCAGUGAGAGCUGGCUGUCGUUGGAGGGACAGCAAAAUGUAUUGCUGAUGCACUGUGAAAGAGGUGGCUGGCCUGUCCUUGCUUUUAUGCUUGCAGGCCUUCUUUUGUACAGAAAGAACUAUUCUGGUGAGCAAAAAACACUUGAAAUGGUCUACAAGCAGGCCUCGAGGGAACUACUUCAGCUUUUGUCUCCUUUAAACCCACAGCCUUCACAACAGAGAUAUCUUCAGUAUAUAUCCCGAAGAAGUUUAGGCUCUGAUUGGCCUCCUUCUGACACACCUCUCAUUCUAGACUGUUUAAUACUUAGAGUACUUCCUUUGUUUGAUGGGGGUAAAGGCUGCAGACUAGUAGUUCGUGUUUAUGGGCAGGACCCUUUAACCAAAUCUAGCAGAAGUACUAAGCUGUUAUUUUCAUCUUUAAAGACCAAAAAACAGGUCAACCACUAUUCAGAGACAGAGUGUCUCUUAGUAAAAUUGGAUAUUCGUUGCCGUGUUCAAGGGGAUGUGGUUUUGGAAUGCGUCCAUCUAUUUGAUGAUUUAGCAAGGGAGGAAAUUAUGUUCAGAAUUAUGUUUCACUCUUCCUUUAUUCGGUCAAACAUUUUGUCUCUUAGCCGUGAAGAAGUCGAUAUCUCAUGGGAUGCAAAGGAUCAGUUUUCUAAAGACUUCAAAGCAGAGGUACUCUUUUCGGAUGUUGGAGCAGUUCCAGUUAUAACCACUGAGCUACAAAGUGAUGAUGACAAUGAAUUUGAUAGUGCUUCACCAGAGGAAUUUUUCGAAGCUGAAGAGAUAUUCAGUAAUGCUGUUGAUGCCCAAGAUGGGAAGACUGAUUUGGAUUCUCCUUUAAUUCAUGAUAGUUCUGCCAAUGAAGUCAGUAAUAAAGGACAGAAAGAGGAUAGAGAGCCACCUGCAUUUGUAGAUUGUGCACCAGAAGCAGGUGCUCGUAGACGCAACUCAAAAGGACUAUUGGAGCUUGAAGCAGUGAAGGAUAUAGGCCUGGAUGAUUUGAGUAAAACAUUGCAUCGGGAUGUUGAGUCUGAUCCUAAUGCUGUCAAAGACAUUCUUAUGGAUGAUACAAAUCAGAAAGAAGAUGUUAAAUGGGCUGUGGAUGAUAUCAUUUUGCAUGAAGAGAAACAUAAACAUGAGGUACACUUUGAUGAUCUGAAUGAGGUGAAGGACAUUGCUUUGGAUGGUCAAGAUAAAGAGGCAGACAUGACGAUUGUGGUUCCAGAUGUGCUCAUAAAGCAGGAUAUUAAGACUGAUUUUGUAGAUGGCAACAUGGUGGGGGAGCUGGAUAGCAAACAAACUGUAGAGGACUGGGAAACAGAAAAGAGGUCAGAUAGCAAUAGUCCACAGCGAAAGUUGAGUGGUGAUGUUAAUAAGCUAAAACAAGAGAAAGUCUUGCAACCUUCACCCAAAAGGCCCCCUACAUUUAACCAAAAGUCAGCUUCUGAUUCUGCUUUGGGAAAGCACAGAGGAAAACAGCAAGAGGUAGCAGGGGAUAAGUCUGGAAAGCAAAAACCAACUGAACAUCGGUGGAUACCUUCAAAUAAAGGCUCUUACACCAAUUCCAUGCAUGUGGCUUAUCCAUAUGCUCGGGUAAACAGUGCACCACCUUCUCUAGGAAGUACAAAAAAUCAAGUGAAGGACUCUGGUUCUGUUGGUAAAUUGAAGGAUCGUGCUGCCAGCACUGAUCUUGGGUUUGUUGCUUCUAGUAUCGAUAGACGUCUGCAUAAAUCUCAGGAUGCAAAGUCCAUAAGACCUGUCGAAUCUGCAAAAGUUUCUCGCCUUGAAACUCCUGAUGAUGGGCUUAGCCAAGAAGUUUCUAGCCCUAUAUGCUCUCCUCGCUCAGAUUCUUCAUCUUUGGUUGAUCCAUCCUCUCACACUUCAGCCGAGUCUCAUGAACUUCAAGAAGAAACAAAGGCACCCUUACCCUCGCCUCCCCUAUCUACUGUACAAUCUUCUUCAUCAUAUAUCCCAGCUGUAGAGGUUUUACCACUACAAAGACCUCCGCCCCCACCUCCUCCACCACCUUCUGUAACUUAUGUCAAUUAUAAACUGUCCUCUUCAAUGCCUCAACCAUUGCUUCCUGAUUCUGCUAAACAAUGUGGAGUUACAACCAUGCCUCAACUGGCACCACCCCCUCCACCACCACCUCCACCUCCCCCUUAUUCGAGAGUCACACCUUCACCAUCACCCCAAACGGUCUUAGAAACCGCACCCCCACCCCCACCGCCGCCACCACCACCGCCACCUUCUAGUUCAAGUAGAAUGUCGGCACCUUCUUUUUCACCCCCUCCAUUUUAUGGUGCUCCUGCUCCUUCCAUCCGAGUAGCCACACCACCACCACCUCCACCUCCACCUACUAGACGCGAAAUGCCACUCCCUUCCUAUGGUGUGACUUCCUUACCGCCUUCUUAUGGAGCACCUCCACCUCCACCUCCACCUCCACCUCCACCACCACCUUUUGGGGGUAGAGUUUCUUCCCCACCUCCUCAAACUGAUGCCCCUCCACCACCACCACCACCACCACCGCCGCCACCGCCACCACCACUACCUUUCGGGAGUCGAGGCCCUCCCCCAACACCGCCAACUCCUGGCCGCCAAGCCCCUCCUCCACCACCGCCACCACCACCGCCACCUCCAGGGGGCCGAGCACCUCCCCUACCACCGCCACUUCCUGGAGGCCGAGCACCUCCCCCACCACCACCACCACCUGGAGGCCGAGCACCUCCCCCACCACUGCCACCUCCUGGAGGCCGAGCACCUCCCCCCCCACCACCACCACCUGGAGGCCGAGCACCUCCCCCACCACCGCCACCUCCUGGAGGCCGAGCACCUCCCCCACCACCGCCACCUCCAGGAGGCCGAGCUCCUCCCCCACCUCCACCUCCAGGAGGCCGAGCUCCUCCCCCACCUCCGCCACCUCCAGGAGGCCGAGCCCCACCCCCACCUCCUCCACCUCCCGGUGGCGGAGGCCCUCCCCCACUCCCACCUCCCCCCAGAGGCCGAGGCCCUCCCCCGCCUCCGCCACCUCCUGGUGGUGGUCGAGGCCCUCCCCCACCUCCACCACCUCCUGGUGGAGGUCGAGGCCCUCCCCCACCUCCGCCGCCUCCUGGGGGUGGAGGCCCAGGCCCUCCCCCACCACCUCCUCCAAUGCGUCCAGGAGGACCACCUCCACCCCCUCCCCCUAGAGGUGGUGUUCCAGGUCCACCAAGACCCCCAGGAGGUGGACCACCACCGCCCCCGCCAUUUGGUGCAAAAGCCUCUCCAGGUGUACCUAAUGCGCCUCCAGCGGGAAGGGGUCGUGGGAUGCCACGUUCAGCACCAGGAAGUGCACCUAAAAAAACACCCCUUAAACCAUUUCAUUGGAGCAAAGUGACGAGGGUCUUACAAGGGAGCCUUUGGGAAGAAUUGCAAAGACAGGCAGGGUCCCAAAUUGCUGCAGAAUUUAACGUGUCAGAGAUCGAGAAGCUUUUCUCUAAUCAAGUGUCAAAGCCUGCAAGCGCAGGAGGGAAAUCGGCUGAAAAGAAGAAGGCUGCUGGAUCCAAACCUGAAGUUAUUCAUCUGAUUGAUCUCAGAAGGGUUAACAACACAGAGAUUAUGCUUACAAAGGUUAAGAUGCCACUCCCUGAUAUGAUGGCUGCAGUACUUGCUAUGGAUGAGUCAGUCUUGGAUGCUGAUCAGGUGGAAAACCUAAUUAAGUUUUGUCCAACUAAAGAGGAGAUGGACACUCUAAAGAACUACACUGGUGAUAGGACAAAGCUGGGAAAAUGCGAGCAGUUUUUUUUAGAGCUCAUGAAAGUGCCGCGGGUGGAGUCAAAAUUACGAGUAUUUUUGUUCAAGAUUCAGUUUAACACACAGGUUACAGAUUUCAAAAAGAGUUUGAAUACUGUAAAUUCUGCAUGUGAAGAGGUGCGAAAUUCUGGGAAGUUGAAAGAGAUCUUGCAGAUGAUUCUUAAUCUAGGAAAUUUAUUAAAUUCUGGAACUGCAAGAGGAUCUGCAGUUGGCUUCAAGUUGGAUAGUCUUUUGAAACUAACAGAUACUCGUGCAACUAACAGCAGGAUAACACUUAUGCAUUAUCUUUGCAAGUUUGUAGCAGAGAAGUUUCCUGCACUGUUGGAUUUUCAUGAAGAUCUUCUAAGCCUGGAAGCUGCAACAAAGAUACAAUUGAAGUCCUUGGCGGAAGAAAUGCAGGCUAUAAACAAAGGAUUGGAAAAGGUUAAGCAAGAGCUGUCUGCAUCUGUUAAUGAUGGUCCUGUUUCUGAGGUUUUUUGCACGACUCUGAAGGAAUUUGUCGGUGUUGCUGAAGCAGAGGUGGAAUCUGUGAUGAGCCUUUACUCUGUGGCGGGUAGAAAUGCGGAUGCACUAGCCUAUUAUUUUGGUGAAGAUCCUGCUAAGUAUCCUUUCGAGCAAGUUGCACAGACUCUGUUGAACUUCACAAGAUUAUUUCGGAAAGCACACGAUGAAAAUUGUAAACAGGCUGAAUUGGACAAGAAAAAGGCCCAAAAAGAGGCUGAAAUGGAGAAGGCAAAAGCAGCCAACCCAUCAAAGAAGAGUGAAACGUAGUUGAAAGAAUGACAGUUCUCUCUCGUGAAGCCCAGAGUUGCACCAUGGAUGUAAAGGCCUCGUGCAGUCUCAGUAACCCAAAAGCAAAAUCAAGCUUUUGUUGCCACCAUUUGCAGUGAUAGUGAAGGAUGUUUCAAGGUGGUGCAGAAUGAGAUGCAGUCCGUCAAGGCCUGUUGAACCUUCGGACUUUUUGUCCACGAAGACCUUGGGUAUGUUCAAGAUGGGAUGCCAUGCAGUCGGUCACAUGUUUAUGGCCGAUUAAACUUUCAGAUGUAUACCAUAUUAUCACUGUACAGAUACGCCCGUCCCUCCCAAGGGGUAUUAUCUCACCAUCAACUGCAAAAAAUGAUAUGUAAAUUCCUGUUAAGAAGGGACGCCGGCAGAUGAUGCUCACUUACCAAUUAUCCUCCGAAGCAGAUGCCAUCAGGAUGGUGACCUCCAACGCUCAUCUUGUCCUCCUGUGUCCACGCGACCUUGUACAAAGCUCUAACCUGUAGGUAGGUAAAUUUUUUUGUACCAUAAUAUGUUUUGUCCCUAAUUUUUUUUCCUCCCAAAAUAAUCAAAUAGUUAGUGUUUAGAAUAGGAGGUAUAACGAACAGUUUUGUAUAGAACUUUAGGGCCAUAGAAAGGGAGAUUAGGAGGUGAGUGGUUUCAGUAUUGUUCAUCAUGCUUCUAUUUCUUUCAAUGUAAUUGUAAUAUACUUGAGAGUGUAGAGUUGGGAGAUGGGAAAUCCCUUGUUUCUCCCAUUCAAAUAAUUAGUAUUUCAGAAGCAGGAUCGGUUUUUUCUAAUCUUCUAUUAAGUGCGUGUUUUUAAUC